UCACUGACCCGGAAGCGCUCCCGGCCCGGCGGCCGGUGAUGCAGAGCGACUUCCGGCGUGGCUGCUCUGGCUUUUUCCCUUUUCUUCCGGAGGAGGAAAGAAAAACAGAGGAAAAAAAACCGGAGACGGAGACGGAGCCCGGCGGCGGCACUGGCACCGGCACUGGCACUGGCACCGGCACUGGCACCCGCACUGGCACCGGCACUGGCACUCGGUGAGGCGGCGCCCGGCCGGCCGGCGGAGAGAGGGGUCCCUGAGAUCAAUUCAUGUUGAUCAUACCGUGGCAAAACAAAUCAUCUUUUAAAUACUCUGAUGUUUGUUUCCACAUCGCCAAUGUGAAUGAGAAGCAUCCAUGAAGACGGAAGGACUUAAUUUGUUUUCUGGCAAUAAGGGGAUGGACGGCUAUGGGAUCUGAAGACAGCCAUGCUGUUCAAUGACUGCUUUUACCCGCACUAAAGGACUCAGCAUUGCCCACCACAUUGGCAGCUUUAACACAACUGCUCUGGACUUCCAUCGUUCAGCCGUCACCAAGCUGCUGCCAUGGAAUCUGGUCGGACAAGUAGAGAGCGAGAGAAGGAGAAAGUUGAUGAAAGUCGGCGACCGAGCAAGCAGUCUGGACGCAGUCCAUAUGGCACCCGCCCCGGCUCCAACCAGUCGGGGGUUCUUAUGGUUGGACCGAAUUUUAGGGUCGGUAAGAAGAUUGGAUGUGGCAAUUUUGGAGAACUUCGAUUAGGCAAAAAUCUCUACACGAAUGAGUAUGUAGCAAUCAAACUGGAACCGAUCAAGUCACGCGCGCCACAGCUUCAUCUAGAAUACAGGUUUUACAAGCAACUCGGGAGCACAGCUGAAGGAAUGCCUCAGGUUUAUUACUUUGGACCAUGUAGUAAAUAUAACGCCAUGGUACUGGAGCUGCUCGGACCAAGUCUGGAGGACCUCUUUGAUGUAUGUGACCGAGCUUUCACACUGAAGACUGUGUUAAUGAUCGCCAUUCAGCUGCUGAACCGAAUGGAGUUUGUCCACUCAAAGAGCUUAAUCUACAGAGACGUCAAGCCAGAAAACUUUCUAAUUGGAAGGCAAGGCAAUAAAAAGGAUCACAUAAUCCAUAUAAUAGACUUUGGUUUAGCCAAGGAAUAUAUUGAUUCUGAUACCAAAAAGCACAUCCCUUACAGGGAACACAAGAGCUUAACUGGAACAGCAAGAUAUAUGUCUAUCAACACACAUCUGGGAAAAGAACAAAGUCGCAGGGAUGACUUGGAGGCUUUAGGACACAUGUUUAUGUAUUUUCUACGAGGAAGCCUCCCCUGGCAGGGACUAAAGGCAGAAACGUUGAAAGAACGCUAUCAGAAAAUUGGGGACACAAAGCGAAACACUCCGAUUGAAGUUCUCUGUGAGAGCUUCCCAGAGGAGAUGGCAACAUACCUCCGCUAUGUGAGGCGAUUAGACUUCUUCGAGAAACCAGACUACCAGUAUUUACGUACACUAUUUACAGAUCUCUUUGAAUCCAAAGGCUAUGCCUUUGAUUAUGCAUACGACUGGGUUGGCAGGCAAAUACCCACGGCAAUCGGAUCCAGCCAACCAGAUCACGGAGGCAGAGAUAGCCAUGCACAUCGGGAUAAAGCCACAUUGCAGCAGCCACUUCGAAACCAGACAGGAGCAGCCGAUCGCAGAGGAGCAUGGGAAAUUCAGCCCAAUCGGCAGCAAAACCCUUCCUUCCUGACCACCACCCAGCUGACGUCAGACAGACACGGGGGCUCUGUCCAGGUGGUUAGCUCAACCAACGGCGAGCUUAACAUUGACGAUCCAACUGCGGCACACUCCAGUGCACCGAUUACAACUCAACCAGAGGUGGAAACUUCAGAAGAUACCAACUGCAUCAAAGUGCUCAACAUGUGGUGCUGCUGUUUUUUCAGGAGGAAAAGGAAGAAGAGCAACAGUCGACACAAAUGACUGCAGCUCUCCACGGACUGCGAGGCACUCCUUGCAUGUUCAACUCCCUUCAUUUCAGACGAAAACGCCAUCUGACUGGUUGACAAGCAUCAGACUGAUGACCUUUGUUUUUGUUUCGUUUUUUUUGCCUGUGCCUACAUGUUCCUCCGACUGGGAAAAAGGAUCCUUCUCUCCUUCGACACUCAGGCUCAAUUGCACUUCUUCACGCGACGGAUUUUCCCCUUCCCUCCCUCCACCCCAACCCUGUGGGAGAUGGGCCAGGCACCCAAACAACACCCCCCCCCCCCCCCCCCCCCCCCCCCCCCCAGCUUUUCCUGUUUUCCCAGCCGCGGAGAGACGGAUGGGGGAGGAGACGACCCCGGGAGAUUAGUCCCGCCACAAACCGAGAGGCUGGAAAACUUGUGGGUGCAAACAGACUCUAUGCAGAGACACCCACCUGGAGCAGGAGAAGACGGCCAAACUGACAAUGGCAGCACAGGUGGAAGGAAAUAGGUGCAUUUGUUGCAAAAAAAAAAAUGGUUGUUCUAUUUUGUGAUGUAGCAUACAAGCUGUGAGAAACUUACAAUCUAUGUUUUUUUUUUUUGCCAAGCCUCCAUCCCAUGCCCCAUCCCACCUCUCCACCCGACUAUUAAGCCUUUUCUUGACCUUGUUUGGAUCUUUCCAGGUGCCGCCAGAUGUGUUUUGUGCAUGCUGUCUGAAAUCAUUUUUAAGAGGAAGAGGUAGGCUCUUUUUGCUUUAAGGUGCACUUAAUGUAGGAGCGGUGUGUGCGCGGGUUGCGUGUGCGCGCGCGUGUGUGUGUGUGCGCGCGCGCGUGCGAUCUCUCACUGGUAUCUGAUAUCGAUCAAAGAUCAAGCCCAUUGUGGAUAGUGAACACACACUGGCUGCUGCAGUAAUCUCCAAGCCAGUACUGCCACUUUUAAAUGUGUUUUUUAGUUGAAAUCUUGACGUUUAUAUCCAAAGAGCUGUGUUUCUAUGGAAACAAUACAAAGUGGAACAGCAUUAAUUCCCCCCUGAGAUUUUUAUUUAUUUUUAAGUGGGAUGUCUAGAAAUGUCACGAGCCGUCAACGAGCAUCUGAUUUCAAGGACUGCUGCAAAUCGGUUGCCAAAAAUGAAUGAACAGCUCAUUACAUGUUUGAGGUAGUUUCACUGGAUUUAAUAAAACAAGUAGGUAUUCGCACUGCAGAGGAGGUGUCCUCUCAAGGAACACACUUCCCACCUCAGCCAGGAACACUUUAAGCUUUUCCCAGCCCAUCUCCCCUCCUUGCGGUAAACGUACAACUGGUCUUAAUCUUUCUAGGGUCCCGUAGAGUAGCGUUCUUUUGAUAACCUGCAGAUGCCGACUUGAAACGAAUGAACCUAUUGGGCGAGUGGGGGCAGGCUUUCCCACUGAUUAGACAGGAGGCGUGUGUGUGAGGGUGGGUGGGAGUGGGAGGGGAGGGUAGGGGGGGGG